AUGUCUACAAAGAAUAGCACAGCUACAUUGAGGUCAUUGAAAGGAGAUAUUCUUCGUUUUCGGCAUAGUGUCGAAAGCCGAAAGAAAGAUGGCCCAGAGUUUAAUGAGGCCCCGUUGCUUGAGCAAGAGGAUGAGGAGUUUUCUAGUGGAGGAUCAAACCGUGGUAAUAAGUUCUUGUACAACUCGGAUACCGUUGACUGCGGAAAGCUUAAUUCUUCAAGAGAUAACUUUAAAUUGGUUACGAUGAACUCUGUGGAUCAAACCACUGGAAAGCAUACUACAAAGCUAGUACUUCAAGAUAAGAGGAUGUCAUUAGAUGAAUUGGUGAAGAUGGAACUUGAUGAAGAAUAUGGUUCUGUAUCAGAUGAUGAGGAUAAUGAUUAUUAUGGUGCUGAUGCACGGAAGGUGUUAGAAUCCAUUGACCUCGCUGAUAUCUUGGGGCCGAUAACGAGUCCUUCGGACGUUGUUAACAGGAAGUCCAUAAGCACCAUUUACAAAUCGCAGCAUUUGUCUGCGUUAGCCGAAGAGACAAUUCACAUAAUAGAGAAGGAGCAGGAUAAUGUGAACCAGCUUAGUCAGCUGCUGGCAGUGUUUUUGGGUGAUGAUUCUUCCAACAUUUACGCAGACCUGUUGAAACUUCCGAACUACGACCACCACUUGGACCUGGGAGAGGAGAUGAACAAUGCCGAUGAGCAUGAUAACGUAUCUCAUGAUGAGUCGGCGUUGAAGAAUGGAGAGGCUGGUAAAGACGAAGAUACUAUACAGGACGAUGAUGACAUAACAAACCAGCAGCCGAAUGGAAGUCUACACAUGGUAUCUAACGAGGCCUCUAAUAAACUCAUAAAGGACCCGUUUUUCAAGCUCCCCCAGUAUAGGAGAGAUUUCAAUUUUGGUGUGCAUAAGACAGAGAAUGCGGAAGAGACAAGACAGCUUGUACAGAUAGCUCUACAAAGAAACGAAGAGUUCAUCAGAUCGCUAUGUUCCAUAAGGAUGGGAUUCAUCAAGGCUGAGAGGCUGAAAGAUUCCAUCUAUGGAUGGUGCAAGGAGAUGGGCGAGGAUGCCAGGCGCGAACAGUAA